AUGUUCUCACGAGAGAAGCUUGACGAUUUAUUUUUUGUUUUUGGUGCAGAUCUCGGUACGGCGGACGAUGGGAAAACGUUUGACCCGAGUUCACUCGACCCAAACAGAUGUGAGAGCUGCUAUGGAGCGGAGACUGAAGACCUGAAAUGCUGUAACACGUGUGAUGAUGUCCGGGAGGCGUACCGGAGGCGCGGCUGGGCUUUUAAGAACGCCGACACCAUCGUUCAGUGUAAGAGAGAAGGAUUCACGCAGAAGAUGCAGGAGCAGAAGAACGAGGGCUGCCAGGUGUACGGCUUCCUGGAGGUCAACAAGGUUGCAGGAAACUUCCACUUUGCUCCAGGAAAGAGUUUCCAGCAGUCUCACGUCCACGUGCACGCUGUGGAAAUUCACGACCUGCAGAGUUUCGGCUUAGACAACAUAAACAUGACCCACCUGAUUAAACACCUCUCGUUCGGGAAAGAUUACCCCGGCAUCGUGAACCCUCUGGACGACACGGACGUCAACGCACCUCAAGCAUCAAUGAUGUACCAGUAUUUUGUGAAAAUCGUUCCUACCAUCUACGUAAAAACUGACGGAGAGGUGGUAAAAACAAACCAGUUUUCCGUCACCAGACACGAGAAAGUGGCCAACGGGCUGAUAGGAGACCAGGGGCUGCCGGGCGUCUUUGUUUUAUACGAACUGUCCCCGAUGAUGGUUAAAUUCACAGAGAAACACAGAUCGUUCACACACUUUUUAACAGGAGUGUGUGCCAUUAUUGGAGGAGUAUUUACAGUUUCCGGUUGAUCGAUUCGCUCAUCUACCACUCAGCUCGAGUCAUCCAGAAGAAGAUAGAGUUGGGAAAAGCCUCCUAACAGCGCCCCCUGCUGGCCCUCCACGGUGAAAGAGAAAACAGACAGGAAAGAAAGGACAGAGGGAGAAAGGACAGAGGGAGAAAGGACAGAGGGAGACAGAGAGGUUUUAAAUCCGCCACGUUUUCGAUUCCUCUCUCUCUCUUUUCGUUCUGGAAAAAGCACUGAAGAGGAACUUUUGGGGGGGUUUUGCUCUCCGGUAACGGAGGGUUUUUUGUGAUUGAACUCGAGAGGAAGCUUCUUUUUCUUCUUCUUCACGGAGGACGGGAACUUCACUUUCUUCUUUAACGUCCUGAUUCACAUUCGUUAGAGGAUCCAAAGGGGUGAGGAUGAGAGGGAGGCUUUUUGGGAAGGAAUACGUCACCCCAAAAUUAUUCAUUUUCAUAUCAGUAACUCUUUUCUCCAUUUAACUUGUGAAGAACCACCAUAUAUAACAAGUUGUGUGAAGUUGAUUAGACCUUUUUUAGGGUCAAA